GUGCCUUUCUCAGGGUAACACGCAUUUGGAUUUUGACGUGUGACAGUAUAGAGCUGCAACCAAAUCUGGGUGCAGAUUGAUGGUGUAUCGAAAUAAAGACGGUCGGUAAUGAAACAGUGAUUAAAAUGGCUGAAAGUAAAAGUGCGUUAAUCGCGAAAUCAGUGCAAAAACAUGCCGGACGGGCGAAGGAAAAGCUCCUUCAAAACCUGGGCAAAGUAGACCGCACUCUCGACGACAUCUUCGAAGAGCACCUCCAGAACUUCAACAGGCAGCACCAGCAGGCCACGAGGCUGCAGAAAGAGUUCAACAACUACAUAAGAUGUAUACGAGCCGUCCAGACCGCAUCAAAGUCUCUAAUGGAGGCCAUUACUGAAGUGUACGAAAGCGGCUGGUCAGGCCACGACUUGCUGUACGUGCAAGCGCAGAGCAUGGAGAUGCUCUGGCAGGACUUCUCGCACAAGCUGGGCGACCAGGUGCUCAUCCCGCUCAACACCUACACCAACCAGUUCCCUGAAGUCAGGAAAAAAGUGGAGAAGCGUGGCCGCAAGCUGGUAGAUUACGACAGCCAGCGACAUAGUUUCCAGAAUCUUCAGGCCAACGCUGCCAAAAGAAGGGACGAUGUCAAGAUCACAAAAGGCCGCGAACAACUAGAGGAGGCGAAACGCACAUACGAGGUCCUCAACUCGGAGCUCCACGAUGAACUGCCCGCGCUAUACGAUUCAAGAGUCCUCUUCUACGUCAACAAUCUACAGACGCUGUUUAGCGCCGAGCAGCUCUUCCACAGCGAGAGCUCUAAGGUGUUCGCCGAGCUAGAAGCGAUAACUGACAAGCUCGCGAACGAAUGCCAGCGCGGCUCCUACACGAAGAAGUCCAUCGCCAACAACAUCUCGCCCAUCUCCUCGCCCAAGACCAACACGCUCAACUCACUCAACGGCAACGCUGCUUCGCCCACCGACACCGUUCAAACGCCCCCCUCCCCCGCGCUCAACGGCGACUCCCCGCCGCCCGCGCCCGCGCGCCACGCGAGCGACGAGCGCGGCCAGUCCCCCGUCUCGCUCGCCCUCCCCGCGCCGGACACGCCCACCGCGGACGCGCCCACCAACAACAACGAGGACAAGAAGCUGGAGGAACUGUAUGACAUACCCGUCGGGUCGCCAGUACCGCCCGAGAAGUUGAAUAAUAACGUCGAGGAAAAGAAACACGUAGACGUAGAACAGAGUGUGAAAGAAAAGGACAAAGAGAAUGACAGUCCGAAGACGGACGAAGUGUACGACAUACCUGUUGGGGCGACGCUGGCCGGGCUGCCGGCGGGCGUGCUGUACCGCGUGCGCGCCACGUACCGCUACACGCGCGAGGACAGCGACGAGCUCAGCUUCGACGUCGGCGACACCAUCCGCGUCGUGGAGUACGACGACCCCGAGGAGCAGGAGGAAGGCUGGCUAAUGGGCAUCAAGGAGGGAACGAACGAGAAAGGCAUGUUCCCGGCUAACUUCACGCGGCCCAUAUGAGGCGCUCGAGUAUCGCCUGUACCUUCGAGUUAGGUUCAACCUUGCGUAUCUAGAUUACCAUUUGACCGCCAUUCGGAUUUGCGCCAUAAUGAUAUGUUUAGUAGGCUAAAUAGUUGACGUUUGGCUCAAGUCUCUUACCUUACUUGCAAUACGAAUACAAAUACAGUAAUUAUGUCAAGUAAUACGAAAUAAACUCAGUACUCCGAAAGCUUUGUUCAACCAUUGAUCAAUUAUAUUGACCAUUCAGGUUAAAUGACUGGGUUAAUUCUGGUAUGUCAGUAAUGCCUCAGUCAAAAUCAAAUUCAUCACGUGGCGGUCAAACGGUGUAAGUGUAUUGCGCAUUCUAAUUAUUGUUACUUGUUAGGGAUGUGUUGUUUGCUCGAAAGUAAUUUGCCGAAGAUACGAGUUGAAAUUUCAGUCCUUUUAAAAAGUGUUUCCGCGGCUGAGAGUACUCACACCAUUUGAAUUUUCAAAGUCAAUAUACAUUGAUCCUACCUUAUAAAAAAAAAAACAUAUAUCCUUUAAGUUAACCAUUGAUCACAUUGGUGAUGGUUAUUUGAACUAUCUAUAAAAACAUUUGAAUGCCCAUUACACUUUGUAUAUCAGUUUAGUUAAAGUUGUUAAAUGUUUAUAGAUCUAUUAUUUAUUAUGUUACAACGAAUAUUGAAUUUGAUUUUAUUAUCCCUUUUAUAACAGCUUCUAUAUCCUCGUAAGGCCCAAGGUCCUACCUAUAGGACUUAUUCAGUUCGAUGAAAUUUAAAUCAUAUUCAAUUGGAACAGAGUUGCAUUUGGUUAGUUUCAUUCAAUUUUCAAACAAAAUAAAAUCAACUGUAUUCCCUGCACUAUAGGUUCAAAUUCUAGUGGCAAAUUUAGGAUUUUUCAUUUCUAUGGCUGGGCCUUAGGAGGAUAGGAUUUUUUUGUAUAUAAAUUUGAUGUAGAUCAUGAUUUUAGUCACUAUCAGUAUGGUGUAGGGUUAAAACAUUUUAAUUGUUUUACUAUAGACAUUAUUAAUUUAUUUUAUAGACCCUGUUUGACAAUAAUUGAAGCUCGAAAGGAUAAAUUUGCUCAUUUGUAAAGUAAUGGAUUCAAAAGAAGUGACCUUAAGUGUAAUAUAUUUGACAUUUUAACUUUUGAACGAACAAAUAAUUCUUAAGCUUUUAUUUACAAUACUACCUACCCUAUAUUUUAUUAUUAAAGUUACAUAGCACAUUAAUCAAAAUUCCACAUGCCCAUUUUUAUUUAUUUAAUUAUAUUUACAUAUUGUGCAUUUCCAUCUACACAUUGCAUUUCAUGAUUUAUGGUCUAAAGUGGCUUGAUUGCAUUUCAAAUAAAAAUGUUCGUUACGAAGUCUAUAGUGUUAGUGGUCACACUGAAAAGUCCCGAGUCGAGUGAAUGUAACUUCAUGUAAUCAUAUAAAUUCAGUAUAAGUGUUAAUGUAUAUAAACUUAAUUUAGUUUUUUUGUUGACCCGUUUAUUUUAUUGUUAAUAAUUAUAACAUAGUUAGUAAUUUAUUCGAAUAUGUCAUUUUAUAUAUAGACAAAAACUCCGUAAUGUUUUCUAAGUAGAUUUUACUUUUUGUUAAAAUUAACAUUAUAGUGAACUGAGUACUAACUUGUUAUGCUAAGGGAGCUUUUCAUUAACAGUGUUUAACGUUUUCCGAUCAAAAGACUAUCUCUGUUUGAGGUUAGAAUGCCGUUACAUCCAUUAUUACCACUACACCACCGGUAAAUCAGUACUUUUUUGGGUAGUGGCUUAAUAAAGUCUUUAAAUUGGAUACUAAUUUAAGUAAAAGUGUUCUAGAUGUAACUUCCCAAAAAAAAAAGAUGAUAAAACACGUGUCAAAAACGGUGCUUUAAGCAUUUAUAUAUGCGUUGCGGGGUAUCUUUACACGGGGUCUAAUAACUCCCCCGUCGUGUAAGUUAUUGAAUUUUGUGCAAAGUAGAGCAAUAAAAAAAUGUGUACCAAAUUCUGUCUUCAAUAUAAAUUUAAAUCAAGAAUCAAUAUUUAUUAUACAAUUUUUAUUAGAAAUUGAAUGGAUGUUUGCAAACGUUUGUCUAUGUGUGAACAGAGGGCCUACCGCGAACACCGAAGUUCGAGAAUUGCGGGCAUCUUUCUCCGUCACUCUAAUUACGCCUUAAUUGGAGUAAAAGAGAAAGAUACCCACAAUUGGCGGACUUCGAUGUUCGCGGUAGGCCCUCAGGGCUAUUAUGAAACCGAAUAUUGAAAUUCGAAGUCUUACCUAUAUCUUUAUUGUCUUGUUUUGCUGAAAUAAUGCAAGAGCGAUAGAGAUUAGCGAAUUUUGAUGUUCGCAGUAGCCCAGCCAAGGCCGGAUUGUGAAACGCCUUUAUGAACCACAGAAAAUAAUUUUAAAUAACCCACAGACUUUGAGAAACACUUUUUAGACAUUACUAUUUUAUUGUAAUAUAGUCUGUGAAAGUGAGCGGCAAGCAUAGAGUACAACCGGUACGCAAAUGCGAGUUGUGACUUCGUCAGCAGUGCCAUGCGAAAGGUCCAUAUAGGUGUUAAUAUAAGUUUGUUAGGACUUGUACAGUUUUUACAACUGCAAAUAAAAUGUUUCUCACA